CGCGCAUCAUGUUGGAGGCGCGCGAGCGGGCGAUGCAGGCGAGGCGGACGCCGCCGGGCGAGGGGCUGGGGAUGGGAAUGGGUGCUGGGCAGGAGGACGCGCGGCGGAUGCAGCAAGAGGAUACGCAGCAAGAGGAUACGCAGCGGACGCCGACGCAGCAGGAGUACCCGCAUCCUCGGCCCUCGGUCCAGGCGUCGCAUCCUCAGCCCACCUGGCAGGCGACCGUUGACCAGUCGCUCGCGCACGCGCACGCGUUCAAGCAGACCCUCUUCGCGCUCCCGCCGGACGUGCGGGAGAAGUACCUGCGCACGCUGCCGCCGCAUGAGGCGCUUGUGUUGCAGAAGCAGCUGUGGGAUAUACCCGAGAAUUGGGUUCCGGUGGGGCACGGAGCUAGGCCGACGCAGCAUCAAGACCAGGUCAUGCAGGUACCGUUCAGGACGCAGGUGCAGGAGCCCCAGCAGCAGCGAGAUCAGGCCAUGCAGUCGCCACCGCUCCAGGCUCAGCCACGGCCCCUGCAGGACCUCACGACGUUGAUGGACCCGCGGCUUCAGCAACUGCAAGCUCAUUCACUGCAGCAGGAGCCCGUCGCUCCGCCGCCAUAUCAGCAGCCCGCAUCUGCGCCAUCUCAGCUACCAGCGUCUCCUUCCCAGUUGGCGUCGUCAGCUCAGCAACCUGCACCUUCGGCUCAACCAUCCGCGCCGUCAGCUCAGCCACCCGCAUCGUCCCCUUCCGACCAGCAUGUUAAUAGUAGUGGUACACAUAGGACUUCGCCUGUAACGACGACAUGAAUCAUAGUUUGAGAAAAUAGUGUGUGUAUCAGUUUUUCAGUAUCGCGA